GCCGCAGCCCCCCGCCGCAGCCCCCCGCAGCCCUCCGAGCCCCCCGCCCGCCAUGCCCCGCUGACGCCAGCGAGGAGAAGGAACACGAUGAGUGAUAUUCGCCACUCCUUGAUCCGCCGAGAUGCAUUAAGUGCUGCUAAGGAAGUUCUGUAUCAUUUAGACAUUUAUUUCAACAGCCAGCUCCAAAAUGCACCUCUUCCUAUUGUGGACAAAGGGCCCAUUGAGCUUUUGGAAGAAUUCAUAUUUCAGAUCCCCAAAGAACGUAAUUCUCAACCAAAAAGGUUAAAUUCACUUCAGGAGCUUCAACUCCUCGAGAUCAUGUGCAGUUACUUCCAGGAACAAACCAAGGAUUCCGUGAGGCAGAUUAUCUUCUCAUCCCUCUUCAGCCCUCAGGGGAACAAAGCAGAUGAUAGCCGGAUGGCCUUACUUGGGAAGCUGGUCUCGAUGGCAGUGGCGGUGUGUCGGGUUCCGGUGCUAGAGUGUGCUGCAUCCUGGCUGCAGCGAACGCCUGUCAUCUACUGUGUGAGGUUAGCCAGGGCCUUAGUGGACGACUACUGUAGUCUGGUGCCAGGUUCCAUUCAGACGUUGAAGCAAAUAUUCAGCGCCAGCCCUCGCUUCUGCUGCCAAUUCAUCACGUCGGUCACCGCGCUCUACGACCUCUCCUCAGAUGAUCUGAUCCCACCUUUGGAUUUGCUCGAGACGAUCGUCACCUGGAUUUUCGAGGACCCCAGGUUGAUCCUCAUCACUUUUCUGAACACCCCCAUUGCAGCCAACCUACCCAUUGGAUUCUUAGAGCUUACGCCACUCACCGGACUAAUCCGCUGGUGUGUGAAGGCCCCCCUCGCUUACAAGAGGAAAAAGAAGACCACCUUAUCCAACGGCCACACCGACACCCAAAUCGCCAAGGACUCCUCCCUCGGAUCAGUCAGAGACUGCCACUCCCUGUACUCGAAACUGCACUUAAGCGUCCUGCAGGUUCUAAUGAUGCUCCAGGUGCAUUUAACGGAGAAGAACCUCUAUGGCCGCCUAGGGCUGGUCCUCUUUGACCACAUGGUGCCCCUCGUGGAGGAGAUUAAUAGACUGUCGGAUGAACUCAAUCCGCUCAACGCCUCCAAAGAGAUCGAGCUGUCUCUGGAUAGGCUGGCUCAGGCCCUGCAGGUGGCCAUGGCAACCGGGGCGUUGCUCUGCACCAGAGAUGAUUUAAGAACCUUGUGUUCCAGACUGCCACAUAACAACCUGCUGCAGCUGGUGAUCUCAGGGCCGGUGCAACAGUCCACCCACGCGGCUCUGCCCCCGGGGUUUUACCCUCAUAUCCACACCCCUCCCCUAGGCUACCCCACCCACGCCGCUCACCCCGCGAUGCCCGCCCACCCGGCCCUCCCGGCCCAUCCCGUACAGACGUUCAUACCGGGCAUGACCUUUCCGUACAGACCGAUUCGUUAAAAGGCCCACCGCUCUCAGAAAAUGGAACACCCACACACGUCCAUUUUCCCUCGCCUCGGAGGGAUGGGAAAGCCUUACGGAGAAGAGGAUUCAUCCAUUCCUGCUUCGAUCAGGACUUUUAAAGAACCUUGUUCUCUCCUAACAGAACUGUGCGCAUAGAAGAUUUGAAUUUUUCCCCACCCCGCCAAGACAGGGGGAAGGCAAACCAUAAAAAGACACUUAGUAGGGAUUACCGGCUCUAAAUAUGGACGUAGUCUUAAAAAUUGAGAUUGUGUGAAUGAAGGAAAAAAUGUGAGCCCCCUUCUAAAGUCAUUUUUUGUUUGUUUCCUCAUUUUUUUUCCAAACAUGCCAACCCUGCCUCUCAUUCACGAAAAGCACCAUUGUCAUCAUUUACCUAUGACCCAUUAUCCGCCAGAGCCUAGUGUCGAAGUAGCCGGAUUUCUUUCUCUCUUUUUUUUUUUAAAUGGUCCCUCUCACAAAGGGCUGGGAGGAAAAAAAAGUGGGCCAGGAAUCAGUAUAUACAAAUUCAUUCCCUCCUCCAUGUUGGUAAAGUGGCCCAUUAAUAUAUAGUGUAUAUUUUUACAAAAGAAGAUUGCGGACUGCAAGGUACACUUAGCAUCUUCCACUGCUAAAGAAAACCUCGAAAGAUAAAGGUAUAAAGUGCCCAUCCAUUUUUAAUUAUUCUUGAGGUUGCAUCUUACAACUCAAAUUUUUUUCUGAAAUUUAAGGAAAAAACUUGCUUUGUUUGGGCACUGCAAUGAGUCUUAUUUUUAGAUAGUUUUCUGAGGUUUCCUUUAACCUAUUCCCAUCAGUUUUUUUAAAAAAAGAAAAAACAACCCAAAACCACCUGGUAGGAUAUAAAGAGAGCUUGUGCUGUAAAAAGCUAUUUUGUUUUACAAAAUGUAUUGCUCCAUUGAACCUCCCAAUGAAUUUUGUGGCUAAUCAUGGUAAAGGAUGAAAUAUAACUCUUCAUUUGCUUUUUAUGUAUAUGAGAUAUACUAAUACUAUACCCUGCUUCUUUCAGAGGCAAAGGUUUGGCAUCAGGUAGGCUAACUGUCAGGAUAGUGAGAUCCAGAUGCAUUCACUGUCGGAUUUGAUCUUUUAACUGCCUGAGCGGUGAACACUGUCAAUUCACAUUUCCUAAUGCAAAUGAUCUCCUGGAGCAAUGGCCCAGUUUAUGUUUUCACAGCGAGAAAGAUGGGAAAUGACAAUAGACCUUCACUCUGGAGGUGGCAGAUUUUUCUGGAUCACAGUUUUACAGUUUUGGAAUCUGUACUACAUUCUUUGCAAAAUGUGUCCCCCUUGAAAUUUUAUUCCUUUUUAGGAUGGUAGUGGGCUUUCUUUGCUUGCAGUGUCUUUGGACAAUGGUAGGAAGAUGCUAAGAUAGGACAGAAGAGUAAGGUUCUGAAUUAUAAAAUUGCAGUAGGCCACUUGAUCCUUUUGGAAAUCGUGGGGUAAACAGAAUGAAUCCACUUUAUGGCCUCUUCUGUUCUCUCAGUAAGGACCAAAUGCCGUGACGAAAGUCUAAUCCUGUGAUUUAUCCAUCAUUUUUGUCUUUUUUUGGCCAAAGAAGAAUUUCAAGAAGUCCAAAUCAGAAUACUGAAAACAUUCCUGUGAGUCCAUUUUUAACCUAGAGUGGGAAAAGUUUUUUAAAAGGCAGUUUAUUAAAAUAAAAGUACAAAGUAAAUUCUAUAUUUGGUUAAUACCAAAUGUGACAUUUCUUUCAGAUUCUUCCUUAAACUUGGGUAGAAGUGAUGUUAACCUUGCUGUUUAACGAUGUUUUCUUAAUGCAGUUCGCUACUCAGUCGUCUUUGAACCCUAUUUUUCAAACACUGUUCGGGGAUGAAGAUGCUGUUUUUUUGUCAUUUUCCAGAACAACAAAGCCAUGGGGGUUUUUUUUCUAUUUUUCCUCCCUCUUUCUCAAACUCUUUUCUCUAGAGAAAAUUGAAAUCUACAAUUUCUUGCCUGAAGAAGAUACCUUUCUUUUGAAUUUACUUUUGUUCUUUUUAAAUUAAAGCCAGACCAUGUUCAUUUGCAACCCAGAGGCUUUUUAAUCAAGUUGUUUUUGAAGAAAAGUGCUGUCCGCCAUUUACUUGGAGAGCGGGCUUUGAAAUGUAAAAUGUCAGACCACCCCAAUUUAGAAUGAUGUUUCUUCCCUGAAAUGCAAGUAGGAUACCAGCUAGUUUGGAAAAUUGUUUAAAAUCGAGGUGCCUCUUGCAUAGAAAUAACCACCGGGUCAUAAACGUGAUAGACCAAGUUGUUUACCAUUUUGGGCUUCUUGGUUCUCCUGUACAAUACCACCUCAUCUCCUCUCCUAAAGUGGAGCAAGGAAGUAGGACAAGUAUCAGGCCAAUACGAGCCAAAACGUUUGACUUGAAGCCGUACUGAAGUGUAAUACCGGCGAAAAUGCACGGAGCAUAAUGACACCGGCCUUCCUCAAACAGGUGAUUCCUUCACUCCUUCAAGUCAUUAGAAUUUAUAGAAGUUUCACCAAAGAUAGUUUGUUUCUAUUCCAAAAAGAAAGGUACCUUUGAAAGUUGCCACCCUCCUUAAAGGAUGUUUUGGGUAAUGUCAUGACUCAGAGUAAGGGUUGGUGGUGUCCCCUGGACGAUAUUUUGGGUGAGAAUAUUCAGGGCCACGGUUUGUUAUCAUGUUGACUGCAAGACUUUGAAGAGGAGUCUCUCAAUUAUUAGCAUCGAGAUCAUCGUACCCCAAAAGCCCUCACUGUCCCAAAGGCUAGUUCAUGGAGCUCGUUGAAUAAAGAAUGCUAGGAACUGAUAAAUGAUCAUGGGGUUCUUCAAAGGAUGGGUAGCUUGUAGGCAACUAGAUGCGGUAAAGUGAUUAAAACUGCCUGGCCUUGAAGGCUCAGGUCUUGGGUUCACUUCCCGACCUUUCGUUUCACUGCCAGUAUCAACAAUGCUCAGGUUGAAAUAAUUGAAGUAUUGCAAGGUGAAAAUGUCUAGCGGCAAUCCGUCCAGCCUCAACUCAGGGCUCUUGAGUUACCAGGGAAGAGCAAAUGCUGGUUAACCUUUCAGAAUGUGUUUUGAAGAAAGACUAUAUACCCUAAUGCAAGAAUUGGAACUUGGAGAAAAAACGUCUAAUUUGUGCAAGGAGUGGCCCGAAAGCUUCUGUGACAUUCUAGCAACUCAAACGGCAACAGUAGUUGAUUAUUUGAAGGGAUUAUGAUCCAAGUCCCAGGGAUAUUGUUAAUAUUUCCUUAUGUUUGGGAUAUUAAUCUUGGAAGGUGCCUCUCGAUUGUAUUAAAAUUGCUGCAUUUCUAUCUUUACCAUGAAAAA